CCCUGGUGUGAAACACAGAAAAUUUGGCUCUUUCAGAACAAGCAGAGCCAGUUUCAGUGAGUAGUUGGCGGAGAAGGAGAACUGGGAUUGCGGCGCCUCUAACCUUUGCGUCACCGCUCUUUAAAUGCAGUCCAAAUUAUCCUGGGAAGCAGUUGGGACUUCCGUUUCUCGUGGCCAUCGCCACAGACUGCUCUGGCACGGAGUGCCUUUCUGACGGUCCUAGUUGGUCUUGGGCUGGAAUAAUCAUGGAGCCUGAACUGUCCUCACAAACCACCACGGGAGAGUGGUGAUGUUGCAACAGGAGGCACACCCAGUUACAAAAUGGCCCUGUACAAAUAUGGAGCCACUUCUUAUGGAGGUUACAGUGGUCAGAUGCCAGGAAUGCAAAUGACAGUGGGACAGCCAAUGCCAGGAGCAGUACCAAAUAUGCCUCAUGGAGGAUACUCUGGAUAUUCUGCAUAUUCUGGUACUUACUCUGCUGCUGCUGACCCUAUGUGGACUUACUUCGCUGCUAUCGCUGGACAGUGCUCUGUGGAGAUGCUGAGAGAACAGGAUGCUAGGAACAGAGCAGAGGAACACGAGGAUGGUGAAGUGGAUGCAGAGGAACUACAGAGAUGCUUAACACAGUCUGGAAUCAGUGGGACCUAUUCUCCAUUCAGUUUGGAAACCUGCAGAAUUAUGAUCUCCCUGAUGGAUAGAGAUUAUACAGGAAAAAUGGGAUUUAAUGAAUUCAAAGAACUCUGGGCAGCUCUUAAUGCUUGGAAGCAAAAUUUCAUGAUGAUUGAUCAAGACCGAAGUGGAACCGUGGAACUUCAUGAAUUGGGUCAAGUCAUUGCAGCUAUGGGUUACAGAUUAAGCCCUCAAACACUAACUGCUAUUGUAAAACGUUAUAGCAAGAAUGGCAAAAUCUUUUUUGAUGACUAUGUGGCUUGCUGUGUGAAAUUACGGGCAUUGACAGAUUUCUUCAGAAGACGAGACAACAUGCAACAGGGAUAUGUGAAUUUUGUAUAUGAUGAUUUUUUGCAGUGCACCAUGGCAAUCUGAUGGAAAGCUGCUAAAGGAUAUAGACUCCGACCUGUGAAGUCUUCUGCUGAGAAGAAAUUAACUGAACCUGCUGUGAAUUGAAACUGUAGCAGACUUCCCCCAUCUUUCUGCCUGUUAAGACAUCCACUUUGAAUAAAUGUUUUGAUUUUAGUGCACAGUUAAGAGCAAUAAAUUUUUUUUUCAUUUUUAGUUAUUUUUCAGAAGCAUACUCUUUAUAUGUACAUGCAUAAUUCCAGACACGUACCCUAUUGUUAUGCACUCAAGCUUAAUGAAGACUAAACAAACUUUUUGCUUGUAACAGUUGCAAGCAUAGACCAUUUCAUUUUUAUAUGUAUUUAGACUGCACACAUGAGCAGAAUAUCAGACAUCCUGUUUUUUAAUCUAAUCUUAUCUAAGUAUUGCAUGUGACCAUCAAAGUGGUAGUACAUUGUUUCAGAUGGCAUACUCUGAGGAAUUCUAGUUGCUUGGUGACACUAGUUCAAUAUUCCACCAGAAACAACUUAAUACAAGUUGUUACGUAAAACUCUCCAAACUCAUUGCAAUAGAUUUUUUUUUUUUCCCUGAGGCAGACUGUUACAAAUUGUUCUUCUAUUUGGUUUAUUUAUGAAUUGGACAGUGCUUGUUGAGUAAUAGUUGAGAUCCUCUCUGCUAAUCAACAUGCAGAAAGCCAAAACAAAAAUCUUCAAGGAACUAUUGUGAGUCUUCAUAGAGUUCACUUUCCUUUCAGUUUGAAAGCUUUCAAGCCCUCACCUAUUCUGUAAAAAUUGACUCCCAGUAGACCCUCAAGUUGGUGAACCUAUUCCAUUUUGAGAUUAAAAAAAAUUCUCUUAAGAAAAUAACCCAGUGAACAGAAGUGUCUGAUUUAAGGGAUUACUCAAGCAGGUCCUUAUUUUGCUAGGAUAUUUCAGCAGUGCUUCUAACAGAGAAGUAAUGAGUGGGUCACAACCAUGAUCAACUCUACAUCUCAUCAAACUUCUGUUGGUUUUGUUCAGUCCCAAAUUUUGUAAUCCACAGCCAUUCUAGGUUCUGAAUCCUUCAACAACAAACCUUAGCAGGGGUUAAAUUGGAAGUUAUGCUCAUGUCAUGCUUGAAGUGGAGACUUACUGUGAUGCAUUGAGAGUGCUCUGUGGUUAAGAAUUUAUGGAAAUAUUUUUCUCAUGACAAACAAGACACUUUUAGUCUUGUAGUUCUGUUGUGUGCGCGCGUGUAUACAUUUUGCCAAUGAGCAGUGUCGUAUGUAAUUCUGUGCUUCUUACACCUAUUCCCAUAGUGUCACAAGUAUACUACUAAACAUAACAAUUUAAGAAUGAUUUUGCUGAAUAUUUUUGAUACUGAAAUGUAUUCAACCUUUUUAGAUCCCUCUUAAUUGUAUUUGCAUUAUAGUAACUAUUGGAAGUAAAUUUUCAGAUCUGUAUCGAACUAAAUAUUUGCAUAUCCUGCUGUUCAAGACUGAAAUAAGUAAACAAUUUUUGUGCAGGUUUAGACCUAUUGCCAAUAAGUAUUCAUGUUGUAAAGAUACUGAAUAUACUCAUUUGUGUACACGUACUUUUAUUUGUAAACAGUGAACAAUUUUUCAAGUCAUCUUUGAGAUUUUUUUUUAAAGAAAUAAGCAUUCAAAUAGCUUGCCAUACAUUGGUUGUACAAAAACUUGUUAUGUUACAGGAGAGGCUAUGGUUUAUAAAUGAUGCAUUUCAUCUAGGUUUAAAAAGUCUGCCAAAUAUAUUUUUAAAAAUCCAGCUUUACAAUUCUAUAUUAAAGUGGAAUUAUAGUACAUUUUAAAUGACAGGGGAGGCAAAUCAAUUCUAGGGGAAGUCUUAGAUGGACUAAAUUAACUUCCAUUACAAAGAGCAUAGCCACACUGUGUUGGUUAAUGAUCCAAAACCAUCCCAAAUGGGCAUUGAAAAGUCAAGUAGCAAAUACUUUCAUAAGAAUAAUACAAUUACAUCUUCUACUCGCACAUAGCUCUACAGUGAGGAAAGCAACUUCUCCAGAAUGUUUUUCAUGCAAUUACAGGGUCCAGGAUGUGCUCCUCUUGAACAGUAGUAGUAAAAUUUGUCAUGAUCACUUAUGAUUCCACAGUGGAUUUUAUUUCUGUAUGUUAUCUUUGCCCUUAUUAAACUAAAAUAUUUACAGACAA